AUGUCUAGACCAUCAACUCCAAAAAGAAGACGGCUGAACCGAUCAUCUGGGGUAUUCAAUAUCCUCUCACAGUCACCCAAAGUACAUUAUCCGGUUGAUCCAGAUAAUCUCCCAUUGGAAACACAAACAAAUACCGAGAGAUUUGAGAAAUUAUCAGAUUCAAUGGAAGAAUUAGAAGCUAAUAUGAGUGGAUUACAACAGAUUCAUGAGUCUUUAUCUAGUGAAUUUAACGAGUCGUUUGCGAGCUUCUUGUAUGGAUUGCUGAUGACCAUGUGGUGUGUUCAUUUUCCUGGCAGACCUUCGAGAGAUCAAUGGGAAAAGGUGCGACUUAUUGAAGGGUUAGAUGAUCGAAUUGAUGAACUUCGAAGGAAGUUGAAAGUCAGCAAGGACGAGAAUGAUCGUUUAAGAAAGAAAUUGACCGCGUCCACGGUGAGCCAACCACUGGCAACAUCAGGGAACCCUUCAAUACUAAACACUCGUCAAUUAACGACACACAUAGGAUCUCAAACAAAUGCGAGUUCUUCAGUACCCAAAAGUAGGAAAUUACCUUCAUCUGAGGAUGAUACAAACCUAACGAACGAAUCAUUUGUGGCGAACCCACUGACUCGAGUUUCGAAAAUUCCGGUGAGAAGAGGAGGAAUGACAGCAGAUAACAACAAAAGUACAAGAAUAGGUGGCCCAAAUCUUAACCAACCGCCAAGAUAUAUGCGGGGGCUUUUUGAAGGUACUAACAAUACAACGAGAAAUUCAAGAAGAAUAGGAUCAGGGCCAGGAUCAUUAAGAACUAGAGAUGACGGGUCUCAAAGAAGGCAGAGACCACCAUUUAGGUAG